AUGCCACAACGCUGUCAACAACUUUGUUGUCAAAAAGGAGCUUCGUUUGGUCCAAAAGAUUCAAAAACUCCACGCUAUUGUGCUACGCAUAAGCCAGUUGGUUAUGUUAACGUAAAGACACAAUGUCAAGAAGAUGGCUGUUACAAGUUUCCUCAUUUCGGUUUCCCCGGCUCAAAAGCAACUUCAUGCGUCACUCAUAUGAAAGAAGGGAUGAUUCACUUAAGGGUCAGAAAACGCUUAGAACCUACACAAAUGAUUGAUAUCCAAACUAAACUUUGUAAGUAUCCGGGUUGUCAAAAGAAGGCGCUCUUUUCUGUAGAGGGAUCAUUACGAACUUUCUGUGGUCAACAUAAGCAGGGUGGCAUGAUUAACGUUGCAAGCAGAAAGUGCGCACACUCAGAUUGUUAUGCUCGUCCUUAUUUUAAUGUCCCAGGAAAAACACAAGGCCAAUGUUGCGCUAGACACAAAACAGCUGGUAUGGUCAAUGUAGUAAAUCAGCGGUGUGAGAAAGCUUGUUGUAUGACCAUACCGACUUUUAAUCUUUUGGGAGAAAAAAGUGCACGUUUUUGUGAAGCCCACCGAAAUCCUGGAAUGAUUAAUGUUGUUGGCCCGAAGUGUAAUAAUAUUAAUUGUCAAAAGAGAGCACUAUAUGGAAUACCUGGUUAUAAAAUGUCACGAUGCUUCACACAUAAAGACAAAGGCAUGAUAGCACAAUCUUCACGUUUAUGCAUGAUCUCAGAUUGUAAAAAGCCUGCUACUCACGGGCUUUCUAACCCUACUAGAUGCGAAAAACACUCCACAGAUAAUAUGAUUGAUCUAGUCCAAAAAAUAUGUUCUAAUUGUGGAUUGCUUGAUAUCCUUUUUCAGGAUCAAAAGUGCGCUGAAUGUAACACUUAUGCUGAAGCGAAAGUAAGACGACCUGACUUUGUCAUUGAUGCAGGCACACAUCAAGUUGUACUGGAAGUGGAUGAGUAUCAACACAAGAAAGGGGAAUAUAACUGUGAGAUAAAAAGAAUGUGGGACAUUGCGCAAGCACUUGGCAUCCCUACUUUCUUUAUUCGCUAUAAUCCUGAUAGUUACAGAAUUUUUAACGGAAUUACAAAGGAUAGUAACGAUAAAGAGAGAAAAAAAGAAUUGUUAAUGUGA